AUGGAGAUUUUUAGCUCACUGGUUUUCUGGAGGCGACGUAAGAAACCGUUAGAGAUCCCGAAUUUUGCUGCAGAAUUUUUUGUUUUGCAGGAUCAUUUAGACUCGUGUUUUUUUCGAAAACACUGCGUGACUGACUUAAGAAAACGACUUGCACAGUACACGAAUGCGGCGUUAAACCUAGAAUCACUUUUUAAGUUAAUGAUGAGGGCCAGUCAUUUAUGUCUUUACUUACCUGCUACUUCAUUAAGAACUGGGCGGACAAUUGAGGAACUAGAAAGCAAGAUCCGACGCCUUGUAAUUGACAAAACCUGGAUUACUGCUCUGAAAUAUAUCGUUUCACCACUUUGCGAGGAAGAAAACCUUUCUUGUGAGGGUGAAUAUUUGGUGACUCCAGAAGUCCGAGUUGCAAGAUUACUGGAUGUCUUGGUGCAUAAAUUAGAAGAAGGUUAUGGUGAAGUGUUGCUCGAACAAGAUGUUUUAUCGGUUCUAUUUGACUUACACUUGCAUUUUUCGGUAUCGAAUCCUCGUAUUUCUAAUGCUGUUUUGAAAGCUUUGUGUAACAUUGCAUUACAGAGUCAGAAAUGUGCUGCUGCAAUUGCUAGGUCUGAGUGGCUUCAUCUUUUGUCGUCUCUUAUGUCGUCUGGUACGCUUGAAGAAAAGCUACUUUCAGAAAAAAUAUGUGUUAAUGCUCUUAGCACUUUUAUACCGGGCGGUGGUCCUCGUCUGAGAAGAAACAUUUAUCAACUUUAUUGCUCAGAUGAAGAACCAGUAAUGGAUAUAAUAUUUAUUCACGGCCUUAAAGGGAGUGUCUUUCGCACUUGGAGAGAAAAAGAUGAUUUGUCGAAGUUGCAUCGUACUCGAUGCUGGCCAAAGGACUGGCUUCCCAAAGAUCUGUCGGUUCCAGCUCGUAUCUUGGCUAUUGAUUAUUCAUCUUCACUCGUUCAGUUUACGAGUAAAUCUGAGACUCUUUCUUCGAGGUCUCAGAGCUUCCUUAUCCAGCUGAAAGAGGCGCAAGUUGGCAUUCGUCCUGUUGUGUUUAUUUGCCACAGCAUGGGUGGUCUGCUCGCAAAAACUCUUCUUUUGGAUGAUAAAAGCCUUUUGAAACAAACUCUAGGCAUUUUAUUUUUUGCUACUCCACAUCAGGGAAGUCCGCUUGCAAAGUACGCCUAUAUAACUCUUCGUCCGGCAGAGGACGUCAGAUUACUGCGGUACAAGAAUGCAGUUAACAAAAAGCUGCAUGACGAGUUUUUGCUGGUCACUCACGAAGUUCCCAUCAUAACUUCUGUUCUGGAAACUGAGGAAGCUCUUCUGCCUUUGAGAAGGAAGGGUAUCCUUGUUCCCUGGGAGAGUGCCUUUUUUGAAUAUGGUUCCGUUUACCAUGUCAAAGAAGUUAGUUCUUUUUUUCAUAAAGUCCCAGUACCAGAUUUGUCUCACCACAAUGUGUGUAAACCCCGAAGUCGAACGGACAACAUUUAUAAAGUUGUUACUCAGUUUCUUGGAGAUGCAGCUUAUCAUAUAAACAAGAAGAAGUGA